CGUGCUUCUUGAACAAGCUCACAUCGUGUCUUACAGGUAUCGACACUGGAACAACAGUUCUCAUGGCAGGUGUCUGCUUUUACACUUUCAGCUCCUGGGUUUGCUCUUUAAGUCUUCAGCCGACCUCUCUUUCUCUACAGCUCUUCAGACCACUCCAUGGAGAUUGAUUUCUGGGAUCUUAGCAGUAACGUGCCUUGUGUUGAUGGCUGUUUUGGGAAUAUUGUUGAAAAACUCAUUUCUUAAACAAAGUAUUCGGCCAACAUCAUCACCAGGAGGAACCACAGAAGCCCAGGAAGGCUUUGACUGCUGUUCUUGUCAAGAAAAGUGGAUUGGGUACCGAUGCAACUGUUACUUCAUUUCUAAUGAAAAAAAAACUUGGGCAGAAAGCAGAGAUUUCUGUACCUCUCAGAAUUCCAGUCUGCUUCACUUGCAAAACAAAGAUGAAUUGAAUUUCAUGAUCUCCUCUGCAGCUUUUUACUGGACUGGACUGUCUUACAGUGAAGAAAGUGGUGCCUGGUUGUGGGAGGAUGGCUCUGCUCUCUCCCCAGAUCUAUUUUUGUACCUUCCAUUCACAAAUACACGGAACUGCCUAUUGUAUAGCAGCCUCGGUGUUCUGCAUGAAGCCUGUGAAAGAAAACAUUGUUAUAUCUAUUCCAAUCCUCCAGCUCAAUUCCGUGAUCCAACAACGUGCUUCUUGAACAAGCUUACAUCGUGUCUUACUGGUAUCGACACUGGAACAACAGUUCUCAUGGCAGUCAUCACCCGACCUCUCUUUCUCUACAGCUUUUCAGACCACUCCAUGGAGGUUGAUUUCUGGGAUCUUAGCAGUAACGUGCCUUGUGUUGAUGGCUAA